GGAGGCGGAGAGUCAGCGGGCUCGCUGUGGAGCUGUGUCGGGCAGCAGGAGGAGCCGACACCGACAGAAAAGAGCGAUUCAAAGAAAGACAUGAACGUCGCGCAAACGCACAAAAUUGCGCUUUGAGUUUGCGCCGGGAGCUGCGGUCGAAGGGUUCAUCUGGAGAUUUUUUUAUUUCAUUUUAUUUUUUUAUUUUUUUUUAAAACGCGGACGGUGUUGACUACGGACAUAGCAAGGAAAAAAAAAACCCCGACACAAAAUAACAGCAAAAAGGACUCGGCAAAGAGGAAAGGAGCCAGGCUUAGUAUGUUAUUGGAGAAAGUGACUCUGCACUGGCAGCCUCCUCCAUGUUAAUGUAAUGGAAACACGCUUUUGGUCUGUAGCAUCUGAAAUGCAUCAGCGGAAAUAUAUCAGUAACUCCCAUGGCUAAUUGUAUCAAGUGGCGGCAGCUUGAGUUUGCCAGUGGAUGCACUCAAGAGCCGGGUGCCCUGCCAUGCCCAGCGCCAUGCUAAGGCAACACACUCAUAAUAACAAGGAGCGCUCAGUUCAACCAGUGGGAAAGCUGUGGAAAAAGUUGGUGGAAAAUCUAUGGUUUGAGCCUCGAUUUUGAUUUCCCUUUUUUUUUUUUUAUUUUGACCUAGAUAUUCAGUAACGCACCAUAGCUCAGCUGCCAUCUGCAGCAGCUCUGCUUCUUUCUCUACUUUCACUCCUUCUUCUUGACAUCAGCGCCAGGGACGGCCGAACUGCUUUCUGAGAGGCGCAUUUGCCAGCUGACGAAAUGGAUGUUCGACUUUACAGCCAGCCUUUGUCGGAGUUGAAAAUGUGAGGGGCAAGAAUGAGGGGACCCCUAUGAAGCGGAGGAAUAGGUGGAACAGCAGCACGAGAUCAAAAUGGCCCAAACCAGUUUGCUGCAGGGGAAGCGCUUUUACUGCCGGGAGUGGGUCUUCCAUAAGAUCCAGCAUUGCCUCCAGGAGAAAACCAACAACCUCAGCGGAGUGACCAGCACUCCCAGUAAGCAGCCCCCGCUGGCGCCCGGCGGGGGUGCAUCCAACCCCGGCAUCCUCACAGCAGGAUCCGUGAAGUCGGGGAGCUCCUGGGGGGUGUUGCUGGUGGGAGGGCCGGGCAGCGGGAAGAGUGCGCUGUGCACGGAGCUGUUGUGGCCCACGUCGGCCCAGGGCACCCACCGGGGUCUGCACCAGCAGAGCCUGGCUUUCCACUUCUGCCGGGCAGAUGACUCGGACACGCUGUGUGUCGGCGGCUUCAUCCGAGGUCUGGUGGCUCAGAUUUGCCGCAGCGGGCUGGUGCUGGGAUACGAGGAGAAGGUGCGUGACCCAGCUGUGCAGAGCACUUUGCAGCCUGGAGAGUGUGAGAGGAACCCCACAGAGGCUUUCAAGAGGUGCAUCCUGUUGCCUCUCCAGAGUGUGAAGCCUCCUCAGCAGGCCCUCUUCCUGCUCGUGGACUCCAUCGAUGAAGGCUGCCAGCUGGGCGAGGGGGAGCAGAGGUCGUCCCCCGGCUCCCCCAGGACCAUCGCUGAGCUCCUGGCCAGUCAUCACGAGUUCCUGCCCCCCUGGCUGCUGCUCAUCUGCUCUGCACGUCGACAGAACAAAGCCAUCACCAAACUCUUCACAGGAUUCCGCAAAAUCAGCCUUGAUGAUCUGCGCAAGGCCUAUAUCGUCAAGGAUGUGCAACAGUACAUUCUUCACCGGCUGGAUCAAGAGGAGGCCCUGAGGCAGCACCUGACCAAGGAGACUGCUGAGAUGCUCAACCAACUCCACAUUAAAAGCAGUGGUUGUUUCCUGUACCUGGAACGUGUGCUGGAUGGUGUGGUGGAGAACUUCAUCAUGCUUCGUGAGAUCCGCGACAUCCCUGGCACUCUCAAUGGCCUCUACCUGUGGCUCUGCCAGAGACUAUUUGUCAGAAAACAGUUUGCCAAAGUCCAACCAAUUCUUAAUGUAAUCCUGGCAACUUGCAGGCCGCUCACAGUCAAGGAACUGUACCAUGCAGUCUGGACCAAAAACAUGACACUGACUAUGGAAGAGUUUCAGAAAAAGAUGGACAUUCUCUCCAAGUUGUUGGUUGAUGGCCUUGGGAGUACUAAAAUCCUUUUUCACUACAGUUUUGCAGAGUGGCUACUGGAUGUUAAGCAUUGCACCCAGAAGUACUUGUGCAAUGCAGCAGAAGGACAUCGGAUGUUGGCGAUGAGUUACACAUGCAGGGCAAAGCAGCUCAAACCACUCGAAGUGCAGGAAUUUGCACUGCACCUUGUCAAUUCCAAUCUGCAGAUUGAGCCAUUUAAUCUGGCUCUUUGGAUGGUUUGGAAUGGAACCCCUGCUAAAGACUCUCUGAGCACCUCUAUACCAAGAGAACAGGAGGUUCUGCAGCUUCUGGUCAAAGCUGGCGCUCAUGUUAACAAUGAGGAUGAUCACGCAUCAUGUAUUGUACAACAGGCCCUUGAAAGAGAGGACUCCAUACGGACAUUACUGGACAAUGGGGCAUCUGUGAACCAGUGUGACUCCAGCGGAAGAACUCUGUUAGGCAAUGCUGCAUACAGUGGAAACCUUGAUGUAGUUAACCUGCUAAUAUCAAGAGGGGCAAACAUGGAGCUAGAAGACAACCAUGGACAAACGGCACUUACUCUUGCGGCGAGGCAGGGCCAUACCAAAGUGGUCAACUGCCUAAUUGGCUGUGAGGCCAACAUAAACCACACAGAUCAUGAUGGAUGGACUGCCUUGCGCUCAGCAGCUUGGGGUGGACAUUCAGAAGUUGUGUCUGCUCUACUUUAUGCUGGCGCCAAAGUGGACUGUGCUGAUGCUGAUGGUAGAACUGCUUUGAGAGCUGCUGCUUGGGGAGGUCAUGAAGACAUCGUGUUGAACCUUCUGCAACAUGGGGCUGAGGUCAACAAAGCAGACAAUGAAGGAAGAACAGCUCUCAUUGCUGCAGCAUACAUGGGACACCGAGAGAUUGUUGAGCACCUACUGGACCAUGGAGCUGAAGUUAACCAUGAAGAUGUUGAUGGGAGAACUGCCCUUUCAGUCGCUGCUCUGUGUGUCCCUGCUAGUAAGGGCCAUGCAUCGGUUGUGAGCCUGUUGAUCGACAGAGGAGCAGAGGUCGACCACUGUGACAAAGAUUGCAUGACUCCUCUCCUGGUGGCUGGCUAUGAAGGACACGUAGAUGUAGUCGAUCUGCUUUUGGAAGGUGGAGCCGAUGUGGAUCAUACUGACAACAAUGGCCGCACCCCUCUACUGGCUGCUGCGUCAAUGGGCCAUGCAUCUGUUGUCAACACCUUACUUUUCUGGGGAGCUGCUGUUGAUAGCAUUGACAGUGAGGGAAGGACUGUGCUGAGCAUUGCAUCUGCUCAGGGUAACGUGGAGGUGGUCAGAACUCUGCUGGACAGAGGUCUGGAUGAGAAUCACAGGGAUGAUGCAGGCUGGACCCCGCUACACAUGGCUUCAUUUGAGGGCCACCGCCAAGUGUGCGAUGCCCUUAUUGAACAAGGUGCUCGUUGCACAGAGGUAGACAAUGAUGGUAGAAUACAGCUGAUAUUAGCUGCACAAGAGGGACAUUAUGACUGUGUGCAAAUUCUUCUGGAAAACAAGUCUUGUAUUGACCAGAGGGGAUAUGAUGGGAGGAAUGCACUCAGGGUAGCUGCACUAGAAGGUCACAGGGACAUUGUUGAACUGCUGCUGAGCCACGGUGCUGAUAUAGACUACAAAGAUGCAGACGGACGCCCAACUCUCUACAUAUUGGCACUUGAAAAUCAGCUUGCCAUGACAGAGUAUUUCCUUGAAAACGGUGCAAAUGUGGAAGCUUGUGACACUGAGGGCAGAACGGCCCUUCAUGUAUCCUGCUGGCAAGGGCAUGUUGAAAUGGUAAGGCUGCUGAUUAACUAUCAUGCUGAUGUGAAUGCCUGUGACAAUGAGAAGCGAUCCGCCCUCCAGUCCGCUGCAUGGCAAGGCCAUACAAAAGUCGUGCAGUUUUUGAUAGAGAAUGGCACACAUGUGGAUCAUACAUGCAACCAGGGAGCAACCGCACUUGGCAUCGCUGCCCAGGAGGGUCACAUCGACGUAGUGCAAAUACUUCUUGAAAACGGUGCUGACCCCAACCACGCUGAUCAGUUUGGACGAACAGCAAUGAGAGUGGCAGCCAAAGGUGGUCAUUCAAUGAUCAUAAAACUUCUGGAAAAAUACGGAGCCACAACUCUAAAUGGCUGCAACCCAUCUCCAGUACACACCAUGGAGGAAAAAACGCCGCUGUCAGUGACGGGGAAAAUGCAGUCCCUCACCAUCAAAUCUAGCAGUUCUGGCAGCACUGGGGCAGGAGAUAUGCAGUCGUCUGGACGUGGUCUACCCAACGGGCCUGUCCAUGCUUUCAGUUCACCAUCAGAGUCUCCUGAUUCCACUGUAGAUCGACAGAAAUCCUCCCUGUCGAAUAAUUCCCUCAAGAGUUCAAAGAACUCCUCCUUGAGAACCACAUCCUCUACAGCCACUGCGCAGACUGUGCCAAUUGACAGUUUUCAUGGACUGACAUUUACAGAACAAAUUCAACAGCACUCACUGCCUCGCAGUCGGAGCAGACAGUCUAUUGUGUCCCCUUCUUCUACGACAAAGUCCAUUGGUCAGCAGCCAUCAUCUCCAUCCAAUGACUUUGACUGGUCUCAGUUAAAACCUAGUCUGAAGUCAACAAAGGGAUCUAAGACUGGAAAUGGGACGUCAAAUGGCAAAGGAGCACUGGGAGACAAAAAGAAAACCAAGAACAGCGGAUCAUCCCAAGGUCAGGUUCUGGAGUAUGAAAUGACCCAGUUUGACAAGAGAAUCGCCCUCAACAAAUCAGUCGCUAACAUUGCCGUAAAGGAUCCUCAUUGUAAAAUCAUGAUUGGUGGUUCAAUUCAGCAGGAAAGAGGGCAAUGCCAAGAUCAGUUCUAUAUCCAGCAGCAGAGCUGUUCUGAGAAAAAGAGGAAUGGAAUCAUGACCAACCCCAACUAUCAUCUACAGGGUAAUCAGGUUUUCUUGGGUAGGGUAUCAGUUCCUCGGACUGUGCAGAACAGGGGCCACCAGGAUGUUCUAGAGAACUAUCCCAUUGGGGAAACCGAGCUAAGCCUUAAACAAGCCCUAAAACUGCAGAUUGAAGGAUCAGACCCUGGGUUUAACUACAAAAAGGAGACUCCAUUAUAGCUGGUAAGAGACAGGUAUCAAAAUAAACCUCCAGUAUGUGCUCUUGUUGAAACACAUCAAGCAUAUGUCUAGAAGUUGAAAUCAUGGCCAGGGUGACAGCACAUAAUACACAAGUAUUUGACCUGUCUGUUCAUUUACAGUGACUGAUACAGGGACUAGUAACUGACACCUAGUUGAUACUGGAUUGCACUCAACAGAACCAUCAUUAGUUGGAUUUGAUCUGACCUGCAUGAAGAAUGCCUCAGUCUGGAUAAGCAGACAUUUUCCUCCCGAACAAAACAUUAACCCAAAUCAUUCCUGUACUGUUUCAGAUGUGUUGAAUGCCAUUCAUCAUGCAGACGUUGGAGGGAUUGUGCCAAAGCAACUGUUUUCAUCUGCAUAAAAAGUACUUUUUUUUUCCAUCAGUGGGAGACCUCAAAACAAUACCUAGGGAAGAUUGUUGAUUGCUGCCUGAGGCUUUUGUGAACUGAUACUUCGAUGUGCCUACAUCUGUUACAGCCUUGUUCAUGUACUCAUGCAAACUAUCAUUUUAAUUUAAUGUAAUGCUAUUUAAUAAACAGUGUAUGCACUUUUAAAAGAGUAAAAUGACAGACAUGCAUUUGUUCUAUUCACUUUGUAUCCCAUCCAUGUUUUAUCAGAUUGUUUGAGGGAAACAUACCAAUGCUUUUUUUUUUUUAAUUUUUAUUUUAUAUUAUGUUGGUUCUGUUUACUUUUUUCACACUGACAGCAAUGUACUACUGGGUACAUUGUCACAAACCAGAGGACAUAACAGUAACUGAUGCCAUGGUAUGAAUUUAAGCGCAUUGAUAGUCUGCCUUUCUAGAGACCCCAAAUAAUCUGUGUUAACUUUGAUCAGUGUGCUAAACCUAUGUUGUGUGUAAAAUGUUAAUAGCUAUGGCGAUUUACUUCACAAGUAUAUACAAGCGUAUUUAUUUUUGGAAAAAAGCCACUUUCGUUGCAUUUUGUGUUACAUUACCAUGGUGCUGUGUUCAGAAGUUGCCUGCAGUUAUUUUGGACUCCCAGUUUUGUUGGCUUCGUGCGUUUGUGUAUUAUUACGAAAAUGUAAGAAUGAGGGAGGAUCAUUGAAAAUGUGUAAAAAAAAAAAAAGAGAGAGAGAAAAGAAAAUGUCAAUUUUGUCCCUAUGGGAUUUUUCAGUUGUUGUGUUGUGUGUUAUGUUUUUGUGUGUGCAUAAAGAAUAUUUAAAUAACCCAUUGUGUACCGUCAGCAAAGGUUUGGUGCUAAACGCAGCGAUUUCAAGUGAAAGCAGUGAACUUAAAAAAAACACACACACCACCACAAAAAAAAACAACGCAUUUGUCCGCAGAGUUACAUGUAUAACCUACUGCAGUGCAAGAAACUAAAUUCAAGCUUUGUUUUCUUAUCGUCAUGUGGUUAAUUUUCAGUAAUUCCUGCUGGAUUUUUCAGGGGCAUGACACAAGAAGGCUCAAAAAGGGUUCAGCCAUUAAGAGAACUUCUCGCUGAUAUUGCAGAGCUGCAAAGCCAAAGUUGCAACAGCACACUGGCCCACCUCCUCCCUGUGAGAAGCUUGAGUAUCAGUUCAACAGGACUUAACCCUGUGGGAGACGGAGGGAAGGAGGUGCUCGGCUGUGACACUGAGGGAACCGAAGCAUCUGUUUCUCAUGAACUGCGUGGAGCUGCGUUAGCGUUUACAGGCUGUGUCAUAUUUUUGCAGGCUUUUCAUAAUGUUAACAGUGAGCUAUUUUUCGCCAAGAACUGGGAUUGUGGGGAGUAGAAACCUAUCGCAUGCACAAACAUUUAUAAGCCCUAGUGAAAGCUCUCAGCUCUUCAGUACUACAGUAGCUCAAACGUAUGCCAUGAAGGGUCAACAGAAGGAUUCAAGGCAGGAUCAGGUCUAGAAACAGUGUUGGAAAACAUUCUGUAUAGUCUUACUAAGCAGUUAUCUUGUUUGUCUUGACUGUGUUUUGUCUGUCAUCUUUGAUUUGACUGUCAGUGAUUGGUUUGUAAAUAGCUUCCCAUGUACAUUCGACUUUCAUUUAAAAAGAAUUCCUGUAUUAUAUGAAGUGGAAUUUUCUGAUGUAUAUUAAAGUGCUUAAUAAACAUAUUUGCUUUACUGCUGAAAA